GUCUCUCCAUCUUCAGCUCACACCAGCCCUGAGCGCCAGCCUGCGGCCAGGGGACCACGCACGUCCCACCCACCCAGCGACUCCGCAGCCGCUGCCCACUCUUCCUCACCCAUGGGGAACAGCAAAAGUGGGGCCCUGUCCAAGGAGAUCCUGGAGGAGCUGCAGCUGAACACCAAGUUCUCAGAGGAGGAGCUGUCCUCCUGGUACCAGUCCUUCCUGAAGGACUGCCCCAGCGGCCGCAUCACCCAGCAGCAGUUCCAGAGCAUCUACGCCAAGUUCUUCCCCGACACCGACCCCAAGGCCUACGCCCAGCAUGUGUUCCGCAGUUUCGAUUCCAACCUCGACGGCACCCUGGACUUCAAGGAGUACGUCAUCGCCCUGCACAUGACCACCGCGGGCAAGACCAACCAGAAGCUGGAGUGGGCCUUCUCCCUCUACGACGUGGACGGUAACGGGACCAUCAGCAAGAAUGAAGUGCUGGAGAUCGUCAUGGCUAUUUUCAAAAUGAUCACUCCCGAGGACGUGAAGCUCCUUCCAGAGGAUGAGAACACGCCGGAAAAGCGAGCUGAGAAGAUCUGGAAGUACUUCGGAAAGAGUGAUGAUGAUAAACUUACGGAGAAAGAAUUCAUCGAGGGGACCCUGGCCAAUAAGGAAAUUCUGCGACUGAUCCAGUUUGAGCCUCAAAAAGUGAAGGAAAAGAUAAAGAAUGCCUAAUGCCAACAGUUCAGUUGUCCUCCCUC